GAUUAGAAAUUAGCCUGGCAAGUUGCAACUUGUAACAAGAAAAGAGUCUCGCCGGCAAUAGCUGACUAAGUUCAAGACACAAAUCUGAUCUCAGAGUGGAUAGAAGUUACAAUAAUAAUGGAGAUAUCCUGCAGUAGUAGCACUGAUUGCUUUGAUUUCGCUCUAGAUUAUCUGGACUGGUUGAACAAGACCUUCAAAUAUGAGUUGCACUUUUAUAUCGAGGGUCUGGAGAUCGAGGUCAGCUUAUUACAAAGCUUUGAUCUGUAUCUGACAAAGUGUAAGAGGAAGAGGAGGAGGAACCAUGAAAUCUGUCUGGAACAAGAUGUGGAGGAGAAGGAUGUUACUUCUUUCAGAAUUCAAAGUCUGAUUAUCGCAGGAAUGCAAGACCUUGAUUUUGCUUGCUGGGAAUACUUGAUGCGUUCUCGUUUACCUGGUUUGACUCAGAUCAAAAGUGAGCUCACCAUAUUCCAGGAAGCAAUCGAGCUGUUUUUCGAGACAGAUAUCAAGGAAUCUAACAUCAACUUUCUGUUGGACCAUUACUGGCUGAGGGUUCCUGAUCUAGUUAUUGAUUUCAUUGAUUCGGUUUCAAAGAAUCUGUCAAAGCUUCGCAAAAGGGAAGUAUUCGAAACCCUUGGAGAGAAGCUAAUGUUCCUGAAAAGUUUCAUUCGAUUUGCCAUGCUUCACGGUGUCGAGGGUCAGCAAUUGAUGGAUCUCUUAAUUCACUCUGAAGUGGUGGCUAUCAAUGCACUCCGCCUGAUUUCUAUAUGGUGGUUUGACAGAGAAGGUGAAGUACGCAAUGAAACGGAACUUCAAAUUUCUCAACUAAUAGGUGAGAAGAUUAUUCCCACUGAUCCACGAGUUCGAGAAACUUAUACCCAUGUCUUGACUGCCUCAAAGUUGUCAAGAUCAUCAGACAUUUCAGCUCUGGAGAAGAAUAAGCAUAUAGUAGUUGACUUUGUGGAUUGUCUUGUUCACAAUAUUACAGAGCUACUAGAAUCUUGUACCAGUAUUCUGGUUCCAAUCAUAUUUCACAUGCAAAAACUCCUUGACGGGCUAAGGUUCCUGUCAACCCUUCUCAGGCAUCCGGAGAAGUUCAAAGAGCUACGCCUUGAAAUGAAGAGUCUUAUUGGAGUUGUGGUCUGUGAUGCAGCAAUAGUAAUUUUCUCCCUUUCUGUGAAUCAAUUGAUCAAAGAAGGCUUGGCCAAGGAAACUGAUUUUGCUCUUUUUCAUUUGCUCAAAUUGCUCAAGUUUGUUAGGGCAGAAGUUGCACAGGUUUAUCCAGUAACAUCAGUAUCGCCAUUUGGUUUUCCUAGAACCAAUGAGUUGGGCUCUAUGGAUUUUCUCCUUGAAAAUCUGAUUGAACUGGAAAGUUGUAAUGGGGCUGAUGAUUCAAUUGCAUUCCCAAAUGAUCAAAUCCACACAGUCCUAGAUCAUCUUGUAUUCUUAAGAUCUUUUCUUGGCAAGAUGGUAGACCAGCGCAACCGGAAUGGAAAACUCCAAGCUCUUUGGAGUCGUGUUAUAGAGGUUGCUUACAGGACAGAGUUUGUCAUUGACUCUAUUGUGAUUGGUGAUAAACACGAAUAUUUGGAAAGUGUUGUCAGAGAUAUCCAGCUUUUGAGGACUGAGAUUGAAACAUAUGAGUGCACGAGGCAUGACACUGGAGCUCAGAGAACUAACCGGAAAUCUUUCCACGUUGAGUCAAAACGUAGCACCCCAGUGUUGAAUGACAUUGUGGUGGGUCUCGAUGAUGAGGUAAAGACAAUUAUUGAUAGGCUUACCAGGGGUUCAAAGCUGUUGGAUUUUGUUUCAAUUGUGGGUAUGGGUGGACUUGGUAAGACAACAUUGGCCAAUAGAAUUUACAAUGAUCCAUUAAUUUUGAGGCACUUUCAUAUCAUUGCUUGGUGUGCUGUUUCUCAAGCAUAUAGUAUACGGAGUUUGUUAGUUCAGCUUUUGUGUAGUAUUUGUUCUGAGAGUCCUGAUCGAUAUCUUGAGAUGGAUAAAGCUGAUUUGGCUCACAUGCUGUACAAGCGUUUGAAGAGAAAUAGGUAUCUUAUCAUUUUGGAUGAUGUGUGGGAGAUUGAGGCAUGGAAUUUGGUGAAAACUUCACUGCCUGAUGAUGCUAAUGGAAGCAGGAUUCUCUUUACCAGCAGAGUUGAAUUGCAAUUCAGUCCUGAUUGCAAUGCUCACCAUCUUCGGCAGCUUACUGAUGAAGAGAGUUGGAAAUUGUUGCAGAAAAAGCUAUUUGGUAAAGAAGGAUGCCCUCCGAGACUAAUUGAAGUUGGAUCUCAAAUAGCAAAUUUUUGUAGGGGUUUACCACUCACAGUUGUCAUUGUUGCUGGAAUUCUUACUAAUAUUGCAGAAGAUUACUGGGAAGAAGUUGCAAAGAGUCUAACUUCCAGUAUUGUCCUUGACGAUGAAUACUGUAGAAAGACACUUGAACUGAGUUAUAGUCAUUUACCAGAUGAGUUGAAGUCAUGCCUUCUUUACUUUUGUGCAUUUUCAGAAGGCAAAAUGUCUAAUAUCCGCAGUAUUUCAUGGUUUUGGAUCUCUGAAGGAUUUGUACGAAAGACUAAAGGAAAGAGCUUAGAGAAUGUGGCCAACGACUACUUGAAGGCUCUGGUUGAUAGAAGUUUAGUUAUGGUUACCGAACGAGGAAGUACAGGCGGUGCCAAAGCCUGCAGACUUCACGAUUUGGUGCAUGGGUUUUGUGUACAAAAAAUCAAAGAAGAAAACUUUAUACACAACCUUCGUCAUGGGAAAGAUCCUUGUCGUCUUACCUGCCUAAGCAACCCCUACCGUGGAUUUUAUGACAUAAAUUCCAAGAAAUUAAAGACUCCGGAGGCAAUGCUAUCUUUUCCUAAUUUACGCACCAUGAUCUUGAUUCAAAGUUUUGAUCUUACUGUGUUGGAUUUGGAGUCUUCGUUACCUAAACUUCUCAGAGUGUUGAUUUUGGGGGGCUUCGAUUCUGUUGCAAAUUUUCCUAUGGAAGUAGUAUUGCUUGUUCAUUUGCGAUUCUUGGGGCUUGAGAUUGCAGGAAUGAAAUUCAUCCCAUCUGCAAUAGACAACCUCUCAAGGUUACAAACUUUAGUGGCUCGGGGAUUGGAUGCGGAUUGUUGGUUACCAAAGACUAUCUGGAACAUUAAGACAUUGAGGCAUCUAUAUACAGGUGACGAUUCUGGUUUUAUUUUUCCCGUUGAAAAUCUUGAAGUAUCACCAUGUUUAGAUCAUUUAGACACUUUAAACAUUGCCAUUGAUCCCUCCUCUCAAAGCUUGCAAAAGAUACUGACAAAGUUUCCAAGCAUCCGCAAGCUAAAAUGCACGAGAUCCUGCGAAUCAAGAGAAGAUCCUACAAGAACUGGCGACCGGAUUCUCGUGUUUGAGUCUUUGAGUCAACUAGAAUCACUCAAUCUGUCAUUUUUUGUUGGAUAUGGAUUUAAAUUCCCAUUGAAUUUGAAGAAGUUGACUCUCUCGCGUAAUCAUCAGCCAUGGAGUGAAAUUUCAACAAUUGGAAAAUUGCCCAAUCUUGAAGUGCUUAAAUUACUCCAUCGCUCCUUUGAUGGGGAAGAAUGGGAAAUGAAAGAUGGGGAGUUCCCUAACCUCCGAGUCUUGAAAUUGUCUGGCUUGCAAUUUUGCAGCUGGAUUGCAUCUUCUGCUAUUUUUCCUCGUCUUGAGAAAUUGGUUGUGCAUGAUUGUACGAAGUUGGAUGAGGUGCCCUCUUGUCUAGGGGAAUGUCCGACUCUCGAAAUGAUCAAUGUGAGACGGUGUAGUGAGUCUGUUGAAAGUUCAGUGGAGCAAAUUCAACAAGAACAAAUGGAUAUGGGAAACGAAGUUCUAAGGAUCGUAAUUGAAUAUAUUGGCUAUACAUCAAGUGACUCAGAAGAAGAAGAAGAAGAAGAAGAAUCAAGUUCCUCAGAAACAGAAUUAUCAAGUGAGCCAAGUCCCUCAGAAACAGAGGAAGAAUCAAGUGGCUCAGAAACAGACUCAAUUGAGCCAAGUCCCUCAGAAACAGAGCCACUUCUCUUAAGUUUUUGGUAUGACAUGAUGCAGCUUGCUGCAACUUCGUGACUGCAGUGGCAAGCAUAAUCACGCAUCAAUCAGUCCAACACUAUCUAUCACACACUGUUUGUAAUCUCAAUUCCCGAAAUCUUCUUCAAUGCUGCUACAGAUUGAUUUGAUUUGAUGCUUAUAACUAGCUGAGCACAAGCUUAUAUGCAAGACACACUUUUCUCUUCCUUCUUUGUGCUGGAAUCAGAGUAGUACAGAUUAGCCAAGGUACUUUUGGCUGUCUAAAGAAAAUAAAUAUU